AUGAAUGUAAGUGGAAUCCCACAAACAGUUCAUUUUUGCUAUCCAUCUGUCAACAACUCAUGCCUCAAGCAAGUUCUUCCUCUGCAAAACCACGUUGUACUGUACACAGUGCUGUGGACUACAGUGGCUGUUACUGUUUUUGGAAACCUUCUUGUCAUCAUCUCUAUUGCCCAUUUCAGACAACUUCAUACGCCGACAAAUUGUCUGGUCCUUUCCUUGGCUGUCACUGAUUUUCUUCUUGGAGGAAUUGUAAUGCCACCCAUUUCUGUUCAGCUAGUUGAAACGUGCUGGUAUUUAGGGGACAUUUACUGCAAAGUGUACCUUGGUGCAGUAAUCAUGCUCUGCACAGCUUCAGUUUCUCAUUUAUCUUUCAUAUCAAUUGAUCGCUAUUUUGCAGUCUGCCAUCCUUUAACAUAUAAAACUAAUAUUACUGUGCCUGUUACAUUAAAUCUGAUCUUGUUUUGCUGGACUCUAUCUGCUGUUGUUGGGUUUGGAAUUAUUUUUCUUGAACUAAAUUUAAAGGGCAUAGAAGACGUUUAUCAAAAAGUUAAGUGUGCUGGAAGCUGUAUUUUAAUGCAAAAUGAAGCAUCAGGCUUGGUUUCUUCACUUUUUUCAUUUUAUAUACCUGGUUUUGUUAUGGUGUGCAUUUAUUUGAAAAUAUUUGCUGUAGCAAGGAGGCAGGCCAGGUCUAUUAGAGAUAUAGGACAUCAAAAUCAGUCAGCCGAGGAAAAGAAAAAGUUAGCAUCAAGGAAAAGAGAAACAAAAGCUGCAAAGACCCUUGCUAUCGUUUUGGGAGUCUUUCUUAUUUGCUGGACCCCAUUUUUCUUAUGCAAUGUUAUUAAUCCUUUAACAAACCACAGCGCCCCACAAUUUGUAAUAGAAACUCUGGCAUUUAUUGGUUACAUGAACUCAACAUUUAACCCACUUGUCUAUGGGUUCUUUUAUAGCUGGUUCAGAAAAGCUCUUAAAUUAAUAGCAAAUGGCAAAAUCUUCCAAAAUGAUUCUUCAAGAACAAAAUUAUUCUCAGACUAA